AUGAAAGAUUUUAAAAGCCAGCCUCUUGAAAAGAGAAAAAGCGAUUCAAAGAAAGUGUUAAAGAAAUUCCCAACAAAAGUACCAAUUAUUUGCUACAAAGAUCAUAACAGUGUUCUUCCAUCUUUAGAAAAGGAUAAAUAUUUGAUUCCAAAAUCUCUCAAGGUCUUGGAAUUUGAACAAAUUAUUAGGAAGAAAAUCAGUCUAGGUGAAAAGGAAGCACUUGCAUUCUUCGUCAAUGAGAAGCUUAUGCCAAAGAAGGACUCCACUAUGGAUGAAGUUUAUGCCCAAAACAAGGAUGAAGACGGUUUCCUUUACAUUGUUUACAUGGAAGAAAACAUUUCUGGAUAA